AAAUCUGUUGGUAAUCUCAGUUAAUCGUUUUUCGAUUUUACACUAAAUAUUCGUUAUUGGGAUGAUUUGGGGAAUAUCGCACUGGUCCUUGUCCCUUGUUUGUUCUUUUUUAUUUAUUUAUUUGAUUUGUUUUUUUCGCUGCAGUGAGAGUGUGUGAACAUUCAGACGGUCCCUGAGGUCUCUGCCCCUCCCCCUCGCGAGCGAGCGCAACGCUCCUGUUUCACUCAAAGAUGGCGGCCGCUCCCGAGCCACCGCUCUCUCCGCCUGCGCUCUCGGGCUCGUCGUCGUCCUCGCGCGCGUCUUCUGUGCUGUUCGCCGAGUCCUUCCCGGCGGCUCGACCCCACACUCCGGGUACAAGAACACCCGAACCACGUUUGCCUUGAAGGUGAUCGGCCGUCACCGCACCCAGGACCGAGAGCUCCGUUCUGGACCUUUUAAAUCCAACCAAAAGAGCAAGGACCUGCUGGCUGAAACUCGUUCUUCUCCGGAUUGAUUCCUUUUUUUUUUUUUUUUUUUUUUUUCUGUCUUUUUUUACACACAUCAGAACUGAAGGCAUUUACCGGAUAACACUACAAACGGAUUCCGGAUCGGAUCAGAUACACGAUUAUUUGGGAGGGGGGGGCUGGUGUGGAGUUUGAGUGGAGUUUUUCUUGGCAAUCUUUUCUGCAGGAGUUUUUCUGGGGUUGUUUGGGUCUAUUUCUUCAGGGUGGGGGGGGUCUCAGGGGGAGUUUAUGCUAUGGUGAUCACCCUCCUUUCUGAUUCUUUUCGCUGCGGAUUUGAGGGAUUCACCACACGGGACAAAGGAUAGUAAACUCAGAACGAGGAGCGCAGAGGAGGAAGAGGCGGCUCCAGGGCUGCUGAAGCCUCUGAGUGUGUGUGUGUGUGUGUGUGUGUGUGUGUGUGUGUGUGUGGGAGAAACUGUGUGUUUGAUUUAGUGUCUGCCCAAACGUAGCCAUGGUGAAGCUGGCGAACCCUCUGUACACGGCCUGGAUCUUGGAGGCCAUCAAGAAGGUGAAGAAGCAGAAGCAGCGUCCGUCGGAGGAGCGCAUCUGCAACGCAGUGUCCACGUCGCACGGCCUGGACCGCCAGACUGUCCUCGAGCAGCUCGAGCUCAGCGUUCAGGAUGGCACCGUCCUCAAGGUCUCCAACAAGGGCCUUAACUCCUACAAGGACCCCGACAACCCCGGUCGUCUGGUGCCACCUAAACCCAAGGGAGGAGUCAGUACAGGAGGAGGAGGAGGAGGAGGAGGAGGAGGAGGGGGUUCCAAGAAAGCCACGCUGGACUGGAACAAGCUGAUCCGACGCGCUUUGGAGGGGCUGCACGAGUCCGGAGGGUCGUCUCUCAGGAGCAUCGAGCGCUUCCUGAAGUGCCAGGCGGACGUAGCGAGCCAGCUAACAGGCGCUGCCGCACCACGGAUCUUUCACCAGCAGCUCAGGCUCGCGCUGAAGCGAGCCGUUGGGCACGGGCGUGUUCUUAAACACGGCCCCCUGUUCCAGCUCGCAAACAGCAACGAUGGGAACGAUGGAACUGAUGGACGCGUAGCGCUGGAGUCGCUGCCUCCUGUACGCCCUCUGCCUCACGAGAAAGAUCGGCCUGUGGCUGAACCCAUCCCCAUCUGCAGUUUUUGUUUGGGGACCAAGGAGCAGAAUCGGGUCAAAGAACCGGAGGAGCUCAUCUCCUGUGCCGACUGCGGGAACAGCGGUCAUCCGUCCUGUCUGAAGUUCUCCCCGGAGCUGACGGACCGGGUUAAAGCUCUGUGGUGGCAGUGCAUCGAGUGUAAAACCUGCAGCAGCUGUCAGGACCAGGGCAAAAACGCGGAGAAUCUGUUGCUGUGUGAUUCUUGUGAUCGAGGUUUCCACAUGGAGUGUUGUGACCCUCCACUGACACGAAUGCCAAAAGGUAUGUGGAUCUGUCAGAUCUGCAGGCCGAGGAAAAAAGGACGAAACGUCUUACAUGAAAAAGCAGCACAAAUCAAGCGACGGUACAAUGCCCCCCUGAGUCGACAGAAGGGCAGGCCAGGUCGGCCCUUUAAGAAACUACGAGGGAGUGGGCGUGGGCGACGGCGGCGGGGCGCCGGGGCGAGUCACUCGCGAGGCUCCGCCUCCCCGCACUCGUCCUCGAGUUCGUCGUGUGACGGUUACCUGGCUGACGGUUACCCGGGCGACGACCGGCUCCUCUUCUCUCGGCGGGACGAGGACGACGAGUCUCUGGGCAUGACGCGCUUCAACAGAAAGACCAAAGGGCUGAUCGACGCCCUGAGCAAGUUCUUCACGCCGUCGCCGGACGGACGCAAAUCUCGCACCGAGUCGCUCGACUACACACAGCAACACCGCAUUCGCAAGAAGAGUGGUCGCAAAUCAGACACGCACCAGCGCACAGGGGACAAUCAAGAUUGCGAGGACUGGAAGGAGGAUGAGGAAAAGUUGCCGGGACACGAGAACCUGACUGAGAAGGACGUGGAACUUUUCAGACACAUCCAGGAGCUGGCGCUACAGAAAGUCGGUGUGACGGGGCCUCCGGACCCACAGAUGCGCUGUCCCUCAGUCAUCGAAUUCGGGAAGUACGAGAUCCAGACGUGGUACUCGUCACCGUACCCUCAGGAGUACAGCAGACUUCCUAAGCUGUACCUAUGCGAGUUUUGCCUGCGCUACAUGAAAAGCCGCAGCAUCCUGUACCAGCACAUGCGCAAGUGCAUGUGGUUUCACCCGCCUGCCAACGAGAUCUACAGGAAGGACGAAGUCUCUGUGUUCGAGGUUGAUGGGAACGUCAGCACAAUAUACUGUCAGAACCUCUGUCUGCUCGCCAAGCUCUUUCUGGACCAUAAGACCCUGUAUUAUGACGUGGAACCAUUCCUUUUUUACGUGCUCACGCAAAACGACUCCAAAGGGUGUCACCUGGUCGGAUACUUCUCCAAGGAGAAACAUUGCCAGCAAAAGUACAACGUGUCCUGCAUCAUGAUUCUUCCACAGUACCAGCGCAAGGGCUACGGACGCUUCCUCAUCGACUUCAGUUACCUGUUGUCAAAACGAGAAGGUCAACCUGGUUCUCCAGAGAAGCCUCUGUCUGAUCUGGGCCGUCUUUCCUACAUGGCUUACUGGCGGAGCGUGGUACUCGAGUGCCUGCAUGAGGUGCGAGACCGAAAGCUCACCAUCCGCCGCCUCAGCAAGAUCACCGGCAUCUGCCCUCAGGACAUCACGGCCACUCUUCAGAAUCUAAACAUGCUGGAGCACAGAGGGGAACGGCUGGUUCUGGUUCGCAGGGAAAAACUGGUUUCCUCUCACAUGGCCCGACUCCAUGCUCGACCUCGGCUUUUGGAAGUCGACCCGGACUGCCUACGGUGGACACCCGUAAUUGUCGCCAACCCUGUGGUGUCAGACGAAGAUGGGGAUGAAGAUGAAGACGACGAUGAAGAAGAGGAUGGAGAGAAAGAAAACAACAAAGAUCUGAAAACAAAUCGCAAAAGUUCCCCACUGCCAUGGAACACAAGAGUGGACAAGGAGGACAAUGAAGAAAAAAAGUGCUUCCCAACAUUCCCUAAGAAUCAAAGCUCUCCACCCUCGUCCCCCAUACGCAACAGCCUCCUGAGCCCUGAGACAACGGCUCUUCAAGCCAAUGGGGAGCGCCGGGGUCGUGGACGGCCUCCAAAAAACUGGCCAUGGGGCAAAGUCAAGGAUCAACCUCGUCCAGGUCCGGGGCGACCUCGGAAAUCCAGGCCCAAAGAGGAUGAUAAUGAAGAAUAUCAAUCUUCAAACAAAAUGACACCAGUAUCCAUGUCUCCAUCUUCACUUUUCGCCUCUGAAAAAGAGCUGAACUGCGCUGAGCGACUGAUUGGGGCUUCAAGGCACUCUGCACUUCCUACUCCACGCAGCAGAGGGCGCCCAAGGAAAAGGGGAGGCCCCAAACGCCAGUUGAGUGAAGAGUCAGGAGAUGAUGUGCCCUUGUUAACGACGGUGGGCAGGCUGAGCGAGUCUCCGGUCCCUCGUUCCUGUUCGAGUGAAAGUAGCGAAGAGGAGGAUGAUUACAAUGAAGAGAUGGGUACUCGCUCUCCUCCUGUUCUUACCAAGCCGACGUUAGGGCUCAAAAGCAAGAAGCCCCCACGAAAAAGGCGUAUCCGUCAGCGUAGCCACCCGCACAGCAGCGUUGUGACUGAAACCAUUUCGGAAACCACUGAAGUUCUUGAUGAGCCAUUUGUAGACUCUGACUCAGAGAGACCCAUGCCCAUGUUAGAGGAGCAGACACCAUUUGGUCAUGGCCUUCGAUGUUACCCGCCUGCACGCAAACACUUGGACUCCACGCUUAAAACGAUUCGUUCUACCAAUCUCUCAGAGUCUGAUGAUGAUCACAGUCCUGUGCUGAAACCAGUCAGUGGCCUGAGAAGACCAGAGGAGACUGAAGCUUUCGAAAGAGUGGAGCCUUCUACUGUGACCCCAGAGGUCCCAUUAAAGAAGAAGAAAGGGUGGCCUAAGGGAAAAAGCCGCAAGCCGCAACACUGGAAAAAGACCCCUGGGAGAACGCCUGGAAGUGGGGCUACCAACCAGGUUGCUGGCAGCAGUUUGACAGCUCAGUCCUUGGAGGAACCUCCGAGACAAAGCGUCCAGAGCAAACCUGGCAGGAAGCGUCGCAAUUAUUACCCGCAACAGAUCCAGGACGAGGGUGCUCGAGAAGAGCUGGACAGAAGUCAGUUGUCUCAGUUACAGUUAGAAAAUCCAGAGGACCGAACCUUCAAGAGGAGACCUCUGACAUCGGACCUCGACUGCGAAAAGAUUAAGGACUCUGAUGAAGAAAGCGUUUUCCCUCAACAGUUGAGAGAACAGCCUAAGCCCAGGAGACGAGGCCGACCUCCGAAAAAGCCUAACCGCGAACCCUCUGUUUUAAAACCUGCACAUGUAUCAGAGCCAGAUGAUGAUGAUGAUGAAGAAGAUGAGGAGGAAGAUCAAACAUGGUCUGAAGAGAAGCCAAGUCGUUCACCUUCUUGUACCUUGUCUCAAGCCUCUGGCUCCCGAGUCCCUCAAAACAGAGAUGGAGAUAUGGCAGACCAAGCGGAGGAUGAGGAAAGGGAGGACGAUGAACAUAACAGCUCAGGCAACAGGAGAACAGGGGCAAUGCCAGGCUCAGGAAGUCGGCGAAGUGAUGAUCACGAUGCGGACGAUGAAGGGGAUGGUCGACUGGAGGAGAAAAUUGAUGCUGACAAGAGGAGAAAAAAGCGGGACUCUGAGGAUGAUGAUGAUGAAGAGCUAGAAGAUGAGGAGGAGGAGCAGCCGUCCCCUCCUCGGUCACCUCCCGUUAAAGAAGAACCACAAAGCGGGGAAGGUUUUUUAGACAUGCAGGAGAGUGGGUCACGUGAGUACAUUCACAAGCAGGAAGAGGUGGAAGAUGAGGAAGACGAAGACGAGGUCCAAGAGGUAAAGACUCGCUCGGUUGAUUCCCAGGAUGAAAGGCGGCGACGGGAGCAAGAGGAAUCUGCAGCUGCAGCCGCUGCCGUUGAGACAGUGACUUCGAUUGCUAUUCCUUCCGAUCCACCCCACAUGCAGUCAUUGGACAGCAAAUCCGACCUUCUGAUGGAGACGGAACACCCUCAUACAAACUCUGAUUUUAAGGACGAGUUAAGCCAUCAUCCACAUGACCACCACCACAGCAGUGAGCUGGAUCUGGAGACAGUCCAGGCCGUCCAGUCCCUCACGCAAGGAGAGGCCCAGGACGAGGAAGCUGAGCCACAUGGCGCUUACCAGGACUGCGAGGAGACUCUAGCUGCCUGUCGAACUCUGCAAAACUAUAGCCAUGGGGAGGGAGAAGAGGAAUCUCUGGCCAUGGUUGAAGACUGUGGUACCUCUCAACGUAGCAGCCCGAUGCCCAACCCUCCCAUGCCCCCUUUAGCCAGUCAAUCCGUGCGCUCGGUAAACAGCCCUGGAAUGACUCCUGGACCUCUUGAAACUGGACCCAGUGUUUCUGGUCCAGCAGGUGGAAAUGGAGGAGGCUACACACAAAUAACACCAGAGCACCCUAGCUCGCUUUCUGCCCCGUCGUUGCAGAACUUGGAAACAUCACCCAUGAUGGACGUGCCAUCGGUGUCUGACCAUUCUCAGCAGGUGGUGGACAGUGGUUUUAGUGACCUGGGCAGCAUUGAGAGUACCACAGAGAACUAUGAUAACCCCAGUAGUUAUGACUCUACUAUGGGUGGCGGUGGUGGGAACAGCGGUAGCGGAAGCAGCAUGUCCGUUACUGUAGUAGCCGCCUCAUCUGCAUCUUCGUCGUCAACUCCAUCAUCCUCUUCCUCACAAGGCAAUAGCUGUUCUUUUGUGUCCACUCCUGGCAUGUCGUCUUCCAGUGCUUCUGUGGGCUCUCAACUUGCUAUGGGCAGCUGCAGCUUGAUUCAGCAGGCUGGUCCUGGUCCAAAUAGUGGUGGUCCUGGCUCUAAUGGUGGUAGUACUGUCCCUCAGCCUCCACCUCCACCUCCUCCCCCUUCCGCAAACACCCCAAGCUGUGGUAUCAAGUCUCCACAAAGCUGUGUAAUUGAAAGACCCCCGAGUGCAAGCCAACAGCAGCAGCAAAAGAAGGUUCCUCAGCAACAGCCAACCCCUCAGCCCCAGUCUGCCCAAUCAGCACCCCCACCCCCUCCUCAGCAGCAGGCACUUUCCCAAUGCAGCAUGGGAAAUAGUUUUGCUUCCACACCCAUGAUCAUGGAGAUUCCUGAGAGCGCAGGAAGCAGUGGAAGCGGUCGAAGCAUUUAUGACCGAAUGGGCCAGGACUUUGGUGCAGGUGGUUAUGCUCAACCUUCAGCUACCUUCAGCUUGGCCAAACUCCAGCAGCUCACCAACACAAUCAUGGACCCUCAUGCCAUGUCUUACUCGCAUUCUGCUGCCGUCACGUCUUACGCUACAAGCGCCACUUUGCCCAAUCCCAGCCUGGCGCAGCUCGCUUCGUCCCCACAUCCACCUCUGCCACAGGCUCAGGCUACUAUGACUCCACCUCCCAAUCUCAGUUCGAGCUCCAUGAACCUUGGCACUCAGUUAAUCCAGUGUAACAUGCCGGGGGCAAACAUCGGCCUACCUCCUCCGCCCCACACCCAGCGCCUUCAGAGUCAAAUGGCCACUGUUAAGGGCCACAUCGCAAUCCGCUCCAAGGCUUCCCAAAUCCCGGCCGGUUCCGCACACCAGCAGCAGAUCUACGGCCGGAGCUCGAUGCAAGGUUCCCCUCGAACCCUGGCAGUGCAGCGGGGUAUGAUGCCCAACCUCAUGCCCACUCCAGCUGCAUACAACUCCAUGAACAUGAACCAACUAAACGCAGCCAUGUCAGCCGGCUACCGCAUGCCGCAGCCCAUGAUGAACAGCAGCUACCACAGCAAUUACAUGAACCAGCCAGCCCAGUACCCCAUGCAAAUGCAAAUGGGAAUGAUGGGAGGUCAGGCCUACCCACAGCAGCCUAUGCAGCCCAAUCACCAUGGCAACAUGAUGUACGCCGGUCCAUCGCACCACAGCUACGCUGGCGUCCCCAAACAGUCGCCUUACAUGAGCAGAUGAGCAAGGGAAUCGAUAUGCAGAGAGAAACAAGAGAGUAAAGACAUUGAACCCCUUCCAGAAACAGACUCUCGCAAUACUCUCCGCGUUGUCACCGGUGCACACCUACUUUCCCGGGGAUCUGGAGAAUUGGCGUUGUCGUGGUGGACCGUGAGAAGGUGCCGCAUCUGGAGAGGUUUUAGUUUUCGUGUCUUUACUCGUACGUCACGGCGGAAAGGUUUUCACUCGGUUUCGCCCCCGAAGCUGUGCAGUUGUCAGUGAGCUGUCUGAGGUGCGAACAAACCUAAACGCAUUGUGCAAAACGGGGCACUCCUUUCCUUCCCCUGGUGCUCAACACUGGGUUGAAGAAGAAACGAAGCAGCUGCAGAAUUAAAAAAAAAAAAAAAACGGAACAAAGAAACAAACUCGCAUCACAAGCGGGAUUGUGCACAGUUUCUGGAAUUGACAUAGGAAGCCUUACCUUCAAAAAACAGUUGUAGAUGAACUUGGCUCUUAUUAUUAUUAUUAUUAUUAUUAUUAUUAUUAUUAUUACAGCCACUUUUUAUGUUCAAAAUUUUUUUGAAAGACUUCAAAUGCUUGUGUUUCAGUCUAGCCUCAUGCUUUGUGUGUGGUUAUACAGGGGGAAGCGUUAUUUUAUUUUUUAUUUUUCGCUCUUACAAACAUCCACACGGACACAAAAACGCUCUCGCGCCCACAUUUCGACAGUCACUUCAGAGUCAAGGUGGAGGCACUUCCGCAUGUGCAGCAUAGACCUACCAAGGAGACACCAAGAGACGUAUCUAGCAAAUCCGUGUCUUCCCAUUUCUCAGUAUAGGGACCGCAUGCAUUACGAUUCACAAUGGGCACGGAGAAGACUGUAACGUAGAUGUCCACGAAGUAGCAAGAAAGUACCAGUAGCUCCUGAACAUGGAGAGAGGGGCUGUUAGAGCUCCUGUGAACCGUUUUAGAUGUGUAAAUAUUUUGGUACUUCCUGAUUCACAGCACAGGCUCCCUGAACUGCAGAGUGAGUGAGUGCCCCCUCUGGUUGCAAAAAUAAAUACACUCCACUCAGUCCACUAGAGGGCACUCUAAUCAAGGGAGGUUCUUUUUUUUCCUUUUUUCUUUUAUACUGCACAGUAUACCACAGGUUUGGAGGGUUUAUUAAAAAAUAAAUAAAAAACCACACUAAUACCAAGGGCACUCACAAGGUGUAUACGCGUUGACUCCUACUGACACAUGAACAAUCACGAACCUUCAAAGCUUCAGCUCGGUAAUACAGUGCUGUUUGCGUUUAGGACAGGUGGACGGCGAUUCACAGCCGCAUUCUUGUACAUGCGAAAACCAAGACGUCUUGGUUAAAGCGCACGUUGUACAGGGACUGAUACCAAUAUAGGACAAGGGGCAGAGAAAUUCCUUUGUAUUCCUUUGUAUGUCCAGUAUUCAAUGUCAAUAUAAGGAUUCUUAAAAGAUCUGAUGUUUUCGUAUAUUAUUUGUGUGCAUUUUAUUUUUUAUUUUUGUUUUGUUUUUUGUUCCUUUUGUUUUAUUUUUCUGAAUUUUAUCAGACUGGGCAGCUUUCUUUUAUGACACAAGCUGACUCUUUUUUGACUUUAGUAAACUUAUUGUAGAGAAAAUGUUUUUUCUAUAAUAUAAAACAAACAAAAAAAAAAUCAAAAAACAAUUGACAUGGAUAUUGGUACUGUCAUUUUUCACUUCUGUUUCAGGAACGAAAAAAAAAAAUCCGACAUAUUUUUUAGCUCAACUUGGGGUAAUAUUAAUAAGAAAUUCAAAACUUAAAAAAUAAAUCGCAGCUCACUUCUAGUGAAUAAGAUGCCUUUAACCUUCCCAUUCCAUCUCAUCUCUAGAGUUUUCUAUCUUUGUGUAGUAUAUUAAUGCUAUUUUAAAACAAAAGGAGACAAUGAAUAUCUAAAGGUCAAUUAGCCGUUCUUUUUUUUUUUUGGUUUGUUUUGUUUGUUUUUCUUUCUCCCCGCGCUCAUUUUUUCCCCGUGUGUGUGUAUAGGAAGACUUCCAUGUAAGAGGCAUGUAAAAAUGAGCUCCGUAUGUUUGUCUGUUUAUAUUGCUUCCCAGUUUUUUUUGUAUCCUUUGUAAUUGUACAUGGUGAGUUGUAAGCUAAGGGAAAACGCGAGCGACAGCGUGUUCGCCUCCUCCCUCCUUUCUAUUUUCCUCCCUGUAUGUAUUUUCAUUUAUUUGUUUAUUUUUCCUUUCUUAGCAAGUACUUUCAAAGAACUCUGUACAUUUUAACAUGAAACGAAAAUAAAUUAUGUUGAGCCGUUUUA